ACUUUCUGGAUGAGCAAGGGGUCAUUUAGCAUACAGUUCAUUUUUAAAGUACUGUUGUGUUUUCAACGAUAAACAUAUGAGGCAAAAGAAAUGUAAGAAUAGUUAUCAAAAAAUGCUAUGUUGCAUUUGCUAUCUGAAAAUCCAGAUUUAUUUAAAUAUGUAGAAUCAGUGUGUGUGUGUGAGAGAGAGCAGGUGUUUGAUAAAUAUAUUUAAGGGUCAUUCUGUUGCUUUGUUCUUUUUAUACAUGGACACUUUAAUUCCAUUUUUCUGUUUUCUGAUUUCUGGGAUCUGUCUGAUUGUUGUUUUCUAAAAUGGCAGCGUGAAAGACCUCUGUGUGUAAAGUGUGUGUGUGUGUGUGUGUGUGUGUGUGUGUGUGUCUGUUGUUUAUUUGUCUCUCAUGUAGAUUACAUUAAUAAAGACUGUGGAGUUAUAACUUGUCGUAACUUGACACAUCUCCAAAUUUUUUAUUUUUUUUUUGCGUGCCAGAGUUGACAAGGUUGACAUGCAUUAGACAAUGUUGAUAGAGGGUUUAAUAUUCAACACGAUCGGGCCGUGUUCUUGGGGCAGUCCACAGUGUCUGUUCUCCCACUAAUGUGUCUCUUCAUUGGCUCUGCUCUCCCCUGUCGCUGUCAAGCUGUCCUGUCUAAAGUGAUGGAUUCCGAUGGAUACGAUCGAUUCACUGGGCCUGAGCAACACAAUAACCAAUUGUGGCAAAAAAUAGUCUUCUACCCAGGCAAGCGGUUGACUUUGACCUACUUACUGUAUGGGAUUGUGUUGCUUCUCCUACUGAUAUUGGUGCUUAUUACUGGACUCAAGUUUGCUCAGCUACACCAAGAGGUUUCUGACAUCAAGCUUCUGCUCACGUCAAUGAAUUUGUCAUUGGUGGAACCACUCAGCAAACUCGCCAAGGCAGAGGCUCAAAUCUCAGACCUAUUCCCCAAUCACCGCAAACACAUGGUUCCACAGCAAGGGCCCUGUGAUGAAGGCUGGUUGUUCUUCCAGGGCAGCUGUUAUCUGCGGUCCUCUGACAGGAAUGACUGGCACGGUGCAGAGACAAAAUGUGAAGAGCACGGGGCACAUUUGUUGGUCAUCAACAAUGCAGAUGAGCAGGACUUCAUUGGCAAUGUUGUGCAGCAGACAAGCUACUGGAUUGGACUGGUGGAGAAAGGAGAGGAGGGUCACUGGAGCUGGGUGGAUGGAACUGACUUUUUAACAACUCCACAUUUCUGGGAUGUAGGGCAGCCGGAUGACUGGGAAGUGCCUCUGAAUGGGGAGGACUGUGGUCAGCUCCAUAUCACUUCGUAUGGUGAUCUGCGGUGGAAUGACGCAGACUGCUCCCAGCGCUGUCGCUACGUGUGUGAGCAGAAGGGAAAGUGACUCAGCCACGUCCGUGGCCCUGGUGUACAGGUCAUUCUUAGAGCAAGCUCUGUAAAAAAGCCGUAUUUACUUCGCGCUCAUUAGUUGAAGGCGUGUAAGUGCCACAUUUUGCUAACAUUUUGUCAGUCAACCUGCUUAUCAGUGUCCCGUUACUUUGUAAAUAAAAGGUCAAUUCCUAAUAA